CCUCUCCUUUCUGCAGUUCAAGGGAAAGACGAGAUCUUGCACAAGGCACCCUGCGUCUGUCCUCCACAAGGGAAGGGUGACAUGGAGCCUCUUGGGCUGCUCAUCUUGCUCUUUGUCACAGAGCUAUCUCGAGCCCACAACACCACGGUGUUCCAGGGCAUGGCAGGCCGGUCCCUGAGGGUCUCCUGCCCCUACAACUUCUUGAAGCACUGGGGGAGACGCAAAGCCUGGUGCCGCCAGCUGGCUGAAGAGGGCCUGUGUCAGCAGGUGGUCAGCACUCACCCCUCGUGGCUGCUGUCUUUCCUGAAGAGGUACAAUGGGAGCACGGCCAUCACGGACGAUGCCCUGGGUGGCACACUCACCAUUACGCUGAGGAAUCUUCAAGCCCACGACGCUGGCCUCUAUCAGUGCCAGAGUCUCCAUGGUAGCGAGGCCGACACCCUCAGGAAGGUCCUGGUGGAGGUGCUGGCUGACCCCCUUACUUACCAGGACCCUGGAGAUCUCUGGAUCCCUGAGGAGUCUGAGAGCUUUGAAGAUGCCCAGGUGGAGCACAGCAUCUCCAGGAACCUUUCUGAAGAGAGCCCCUUCCCACCCAUUUCCAUCCUUUUCCUCCUGGCCUGCAUCUUUCUCAGCAAGCUUCUGGCAGCCAGCGCUCUCUGGGUUGCAGCCUGGCAUGGGCAGAAACGGAGGACACCCCAUGCCAGGGGGCUGGACUGUGGCCAUGACCCAGGUUACCAGCUCCAAACCUUGACAGGUGAGCUUGGCGAGUACGGUGGCGGCUGGGGGCUGGUGAGGACCCACGGUGGAGGAGAGGCCCGGGAGCGGUCUGCACGGACCACCCCAGCCUGCUGCACACCCGCCCCUUGGCCACCAAGUCUCCUGGUUCUGCUUUUACAAAAGGCCACUCUGCCUGUACCCUGCUUCUCCUGGCCCCUGGAAGCAGGGAUUUGUGUGACCAUCUAG